AGAUAUUAGAGCGCUUAUUACACAUAUUCAUUUUGACUUUUCUUUUCACAAAUUUGAAAAAAAGGUUUCAUUAGGACCUUAAUUUUCAAAUUUUGGGAUUCUCUGAUAAUUGCUUCAUGUUGCAGGUAUUUAAGGGCUAAGCAACAUUACUCCGUGUGACCCUCUACUUCCAAUUUUCUAAAAUGGCGACAAUCAACUAAAAAAAGUUGACUGUGACGGCCGACGCUUCAAGAAUAGGUGGAAAUUGGACUAUUUCUUCACUAAAACAUGCAACAACUGUGUAUUGCCUUAUUUGCAAAGAGACAGUCGCUGUUUUUAAAGAUUUCAAUGUGAGGCGAUGUUACCAAACAAGACACACUGACAUGUACGACAAGAUUACAGGGAAGAUACGCAGCGAAAAAUUGAAGCAACUUGAAGCUAGUUUAAUUUCACAGCAGUAGUAUUUCGCAAGAGCCCGAGAGUCGAAAGAGAACGCUGCAAAGGGUAGUUGCGAGAUUGUUGAAAUUAUUCAUUAAAAAAAAUAAUAAAGCAAAUGUGACACACUGAACGGCUUGCUAAAUUUUGCUUAAAUAUAUUGUUCUAUGUAAAGGACAUCAGCCAGAACCAGCCCAGCCUAUACGCAGACUAUGCAGCUGCUUAGGGCCCCUGACCACUAUGGGGCCCCCAAUUUGGCAAUUGUUUAAUUUAUAUUCUAUUUUGUUGACUACAGUUCGCUUUUUUUGACUUUUGUGAGUUUUGAUACUUGAUUACAAGCUUAAAAAAAUAAAAGUCCUUCCUUAACUUCUUUAUUUCCUCUUUAAGAAAAAGGUUUGGCGCUAUCUACUGUAAGUUCUGACAAUCAUUUGGGGUGAGAAGUUUAAAGUAUGCAGUGCAAGAAAAUCUGAUUAAUAUACAAAAUAUGGACGUAUGGGUUGGAUUGCAUGCAUGGGUUUCACAGUACACUGUGACGAAAUGGUGGGCAGAAAAUAUGGGCCCUUUUGCAUUUUUUUGCUUAGGGCCCCCAAAUGGCCUGGGCGGGCCCUGACGUCAGCCAAGGUCGGCCCCCCACAUUUUUACCACGCCAAAUCUGGCCCCCUUUGCAAAACGUUUGGACACCCCUGGUCUACAUCGUCGCUACGCCUUCACCACAACGCAGAAGCUUUGCUUUUAUAUCUUAGCUAGAUAUGCCAUGUUGCGUUAGCCUUUAAAGUGCUUGUGACACGAAAAAGCAUGUUUAUUUCAUAAUACACGCGGUAUUUUAUGCUCCUGAAUGAUAUGGACCGCUUGGAUGUGUGUGGAAGCGAUUGCUAUAUUUAUUUAGUUUUUUGAAUCCCGCGCCAGGAAAAUGAGUGACUUCCGGCUUCGGUCUCGCAUUGAGGAGGAGGGCGCUGUGACGUGUACGGUAGAAGACGUCCUCUUCACGCUACAGUGUACUGUUGUGUAUGAGGACGAAGGAUUCAGCUGAUUUUGCGGAUUAAUACUUUUAUUUUUUGCAUCACGCCAGCCAAACGGCUGCAGAAAAAUCAUUCUGUAUGCGGGAGAGGCGUAUGCGCCUUUUUGGAGUUUCAAAAGGUUCCCAUUCACCGUGGAUAUUUACUGUGGGACCAUUGGACUUACAAGGAAAGAAAUCUUCUCUCCUGAGUCGGCGGGUAGAACGAAAAUGAGAAGGGUCAUGGAGGACAGGAGCAUGCAGGGGAUGAGCAGGUUGAGGGCGUAGUAAAGCGUCCUUCGCCGGAUGGUCACGUUGAAAGUCACGUCCGGGCAUGUAGCCCGAGAUGUCGGCGUCGUUCAUCUGGAGGUCAAGAAGCAAGCCGUCGUAAGUCCACGAGCCGAACUUGAGGACACACUUCUGGAUGUCGAAAGGGAACCAGCGCACGUCUACGUUGCACGUGCUCAUGAAAAUACCUGCCAGGCCGGACGGGAGGACAUGCAACAGGACAGUUACUUUUUUCAUUACAGGAUCAGUACGAUUUUUCCAAAUCUGAAGAAAUAACAGCAAGUUUGUUUUAUAAAAGUUGAUCCUGUCACCAUGGAGCACUCCUCCACCUCCAUGGUCAACAUUUCCCUUGUGGACGAUUACGAGGUGGAGGACCAGCAUUCCCUGCUGCCUCCCCCAAGGACACUUUCCCCUCGCCGGGCUUGCCCCCCGCAGUGCGGGAUGCGCCCGGCCGUCCGUAGAUGUGCGGAUCACACGGUGUGGCUGGACCGCACUCAGGCCAUGGCCACUAUGCCUUUGUACAAUGGCCACCUGUGCACCCGAGCCUCGCCUUGCUCGCCCAGGAGAGCCGAAAAAGUCAAAUGCAAGGAGAAAAAACGGCAAGUUUGUACAAAGAAGGAGCGGAAAGGAAAGAAUUCGUCGGCUUCCAGGCUCCAGGAGAAGAGCUGCGCUUUUAAUGACGUUGCCCCUUGCGGGUCACCUUUCAAAAGCUCCAGGAGGCCUACGGUUCAGAGUGUCCAUAGACCAGCUCACUUCCCCUUAGAGACCAGGCAGAGCCUGCCGGAAAUCAUUGUCACAAGCAGGGACGACGAGCCGCCCGAGGCCGGCAAAGGGAUUCCACGACCAACUCGGGAAAGGGACCUCCUCCCGGGGUCGGCAGGUCACUCCAGUCCCAAGCACAAGACGGAGGCCAAGGACGAUCACUACUGGAAGACGCACGGUAUCGGGUGGCGGCUGCUGCGCAGGAGGGCGCUCUUUGUGCGGAGGCAGAGGCUGAACGACUGUGCUCUCGCCGUGGGGAUUUUUGGCGUAGUCAUGAUGGUCAUGGAAACGGAACUCUCCUGGAGCGUCUACAGCAAGAGCUCCAUCUACUCCCUCACACUAAAAUCCAUCAUCAGCGUUUCCACCAUCCUCCUGCUGGGCCUCAUCGUAGCGUACCACUGCUGCGAGGUGCAGCUUUACGUCCACGACAGCAGCGCGGAAGACUGGCGCAUCGCCAUGACGACGGACCGCCUGGCCCUGAUCACCCUAGAGCUGGCGGUGGCUGCCAUCCAUCCGUACCCAGUGGGCCUGCAGGCCUACUUUGAGCGGCAGGUGGUGACCACGGCAGCGCUGUCAGAGACAGAGUUGGAGAUCGUGCUGGCGCUACCUAUGUUCCUUAGGCUCUACCUGCUGUGUCGCGCCAUGAUGCUGCAUAGCAGGCUCUUCACUGACACGGCGUCACGCAGUAUCGGGGCUCUGAAUAAGAUUCACUUUAAUGCCCGUUUUGUGGGCAAGACGCUGAUGACCACCUAUCCGGGGACGGUGUUGAUGAUUUUCAGUGUAUCCCUCUGGAUCGUGGCGGCGUGGGGGCUGCACGUGUGCGAGAGACAUCACAACUACAGGGACCUUAGCAGCAACUAUAUGGAAGCCCUGUGGAUGGUGUCGGUGACAUUCCUCUCAAUCGGCUACGGGGAUGUAGUGCCCCACACCUAUUGCGGACGCAGCAUAUGCCUCCUCACAGGGAUCAUGGGAGCUGGCUGCACUGUCCUAGUGGUGGCAGUGGUGGCCAGGAAGCUGGAGCUGACACGAGCUGAGAAGCACGUACACAACUUCAUGCUUGACUCACACAUUUCCAAAAGGAUGAAGAUCGCAGCCGCAAACGUGCUGAGGGAGACUUGGUUCAUCUACAAGCACACUAAGCUGUCCAGGGAGAAGGAUCACACCAUGGUUCGCAUGCAUCAGCGUAAACUGCUGCUUGCAAUCCACCAGCUUCGGCGCGUCAAGAUGGACAAGAGGAUCUUAGCCGACCAAGGUAGCACGCUGGUGGACCUCUGCAAGGUGAGAGAGCUUCAAACCACACUGAGCGACGUGCUGUUGGAAGUGCAGGGAUGCCGGGCCGAGCUAGACACGCACGUCCACGACCUGGAAAAGCACGUGGAGGAGCUCCGCGAGGGGUUUCGCGGCCUCAUGCCGCUGCUGACAAACACUUUGUCCACGCAGAACUCCUCCAUACGCCACCUGCUGCGCGAGAGGGAAAAGAAAGGCGAUGCUGCUGGAGGGAGUUCGGACAGGUAGACAGAAAAGUUGGUAUUUGGCGCCCCUUAGGCGGACGAAUGAGGUAUUACAUAAUGGGAUCAUGAAAAGUUGCAAUUGGAAAGCGUUCAACCAAAAAUAUUUAGUGGCAAUUCAUGUUUUAACAUUUUUUUUUUUUUGGGGGGG